UGAAGCAGGUGAGAAACGGUUAGUUGUUUUGAUGUAUAGUUUUCUUAAUUCUUCGCGUUCAAACUGUUGCCCUGGAUUCCUCGUUGCCUUAAGUCAUACUUUAACAAUGAUACUGGUGCAAGAGAUUUUCUUCAAAUCGUUGCUUAUAUGCUUGCCGCAAAUGAAUGAGCCCUAGACUCCCAGUAACAUUAAAGGCAGCGAGGUGGUAAAUAUUAUCUGCUGGAAAUAUUUCAGUUCCUCUUAAACGUAUAUUUUCAGUCAACUUUUGAACCCAGCUGUGGACGACAAGACCUGACCAAACUUUAUAUGACCCUACACCUUCAUUGAAGAGGAGCACAAAUGCCUAACCGAUGUGUUGCCUAUGGUUGUGGAAAGUUGAGCGGGCAGAAUGUGUCCAUGUUCAGAUUUCCCAAGGACCCAGAGGAGUUUCGCAAAUGGCAGAAGCAGGUUCAAAGGACCCGCAGGAAUUGGGUUGCCAGGACUUUCUCCCAUUUAUGCUCUGAACAUUUUAGUAAGGACUGCUUUGAGCCUAAAUCUCUUGCUAAUGCAAAGGCUACGGGAUUCAAAGGGCUAAGACUGAAGGAGGGCGCUGUCCCGACGAUUUUCCUCCGCCCGCCGUGCAAUAAUUGUGGCGGUGCAUCCUGUUCCAUAUGUAUCCCAAAGGGAAAGAGACACAGUGUGACCACUGAACCUAAAGAGUUUGAAUCAGAUGAACGGGAAGUUAACUCUAGGAAUGUCAACUCGGACACAUGGGUGCAGAGAGAGGGAGAAGACGAGGUACUUGAUGAAGCAGAUGAUCAUCAGCUCUAUUCAGACAAUAACAGUGUUAAUAGUGCUGGGGCUUAUUCUCUCUGGGCAGACAAUAAUGGCAUAGUAGUGUGUGAAAUGUGUGGAACCACUGGCACCAAGGACACUUUCUACUCCAAAACCAAGCGCUUUUGCAGUGCAUCAUGCUCUCGGUCAUUCUCCUCCAACUCAAAGAAAUCCUCAAUUCUUGCACGGCUGCAGGGAAAGCCACCUAUAAAGAAGUCAACAAACAAAGCCUCUCUAAAAUCACUGACUGAGGCUUCUCAGUCAAAGGUUAUUGAGCCACAACAGCAGAGCAGAGCAUUUGGACAGGAUGCUACUGUGGCUGGAUUUGACUGGGGUAGUUACCUUGAGAAAUGUGGCUACCUCGCUGCUCCACUAUCCUGCUUCAGACAUGCACCACUCUGCACUCAAUGGGAGGACAUCUACGUGGGGUUAAAAGUGGAGGUUCUGAACACUCAUACAGCCUUGCCUAGCAAGGUCUACUGGAUUGCCACUGUAGUACAGCUGGCAGGCUAUAAGGCUCUUCUGCGCUAUGAGGGUUUUGAGGAAGAUGAUAGCUGUGACCUUUGGUGUAACUUAGGCACAGCUGAUGUUCAUCCUAUAGGGUGGUGUGCAGUGAAUAGCAAGCUCCUUGUCCCCCCUCAAGAGGUUCACCAGAAGAUUAAAGACUGGAAAUCUUACCUGAUGGAGAAACUGGUCGGCGCGCACACUCUUCCUGUUGACUUUCAUGUCAAGAUGGCAGACAGUAUGAGGUGUCCAUUUAGGCAGGGUGUUCGGGUGGAGGUGGUUGAUCGUUCACAGGUGAGCCGCACCCGCUGUGCCGUGGUGGAUACCAUAAUUGGGGGUCGACUCAGGCUGCUAUAUGAGGAUGGAGGGUUGGGAGCCUCGGGCGAAGUGCUCUCUGAUUUCUGGUGCCACAUGUGGAGUUCUCUAUUACACCCUGUAGGCUGGUCUGAAAGAGUGGGCCACACCAUUAAAGAAACGGAUAAGAACGUCAACAUGAGUAGCCAUCCAGCAUUUCGCAAGGUUCUUCAAGACAGUGUGCCAAAUCAGUUCAAGAAGUUAAGGACUGUUUACAUGGGAGAUACAUUUUUUGAGGAAGGCAUGAAACUUGAAGCAAUUGAUCCUCUGAAUCUUGGAAACAUCUGUGUUGCAUCAGUCCGUAAAGUGCUGCUAGAUGGAUACAUCAUGGUUGGCAUUGAUGGUGUUGAGAUUGGUGAUGGUUCUGACUGGUUUUGCUACCACGCCAGUUCACAUGCCAUCUUACCUGUAGGAUAUUGUCAGAACAACAACAUAAUUCUCACUUUACCUCCUGGUUAUGUUCAAGAAUCAUUCACAUGGCCAAAGUAUUUAGAGGAAAUGGAGGCUGUGGCUGCUCCACGGAGACUUUUCAACACAGAUGCUGUGGGCCAUGGCUUUGCCGCAGGUAUGAAAAUAGAGGCAGUGGACCUUAUGGAGCCAAGGCUGGUGUGUGUGGCCACUGUUAGGCGUUGUGUAGGCCGGCUUCUCCUUCUGCACUUUGAUGGCUGGGAGCCGGAGUUUGAUCAGUGGGUGGACUGUCAGUCCCCUGAAAUUUACCCAGUGGGCUGGUGUGAAAUCACUGCCUACCAGCUGCAACCACCCAUUGGCCCAGAACCACCUCAGGGUCAGGAACGCACCAACUUAAGCAAAAAGCAAAAACCUUAUAUGGGGAAAAGGAGGCGAAGAUUUAUAAAGAAAACACGAGCAUUAAAAACAUCUAAAACCCAGCUCCCUCAUCCGACUGAGAAUUCAGAGACAAAUCAAUCAAAAGAGGCACUAGCCCCCCCUGUCACACCCACCACUGUACAAAUCAAGACUGAACCAGUGGAAGAAUUUAUUGCAGUAAAAGUGAAGGUGGAGGACAUGGAAAGCCCAAUACUACCCAGCGUACAAAGCAAAGAAAGCAACAACUUGGAGGCCUUUUCGACCUUCAAACAGGAGGACAUCUCCAUUUAA